AAAUAGGCCCGGCGGAGAGGCGGUCCACUUUCUCUCUCUCUCCUUUGCACGCGGUUGAGGAAGCCGGUAGGCCUGAGCAGCUCGAUCUGAAUAAUGCCGGGAAAGCUCCGCAGUGAGUCCAGGUUGGCAUCAGACGCAGCCGAGGAGAGCAUGGGGACUCUGCCGAAGCCAAGCGAGAAGAAAACUAAAAAAGAGAAGCCCAAAUCAAAGACCAAAGAAGCCACCGAAGGAAUGGAAGAGGCUGUCUCCUCCAAAGCUAAAGCAGUUAAAAAGAAAGAGCCAUCUGAAGAUGACGUGGAUCCCCCUAAAUCCAAGAAGGCCAAGAAGCCGGAGGAGGCACCGCAAGAUGGCGUUGCUUCUAAAGCCAAAACCUCCAAGAAGAAAAGGGAGCCCCUCGAGAAGAAGGCAGCCUCUGCUAACACCAAAGAAAGCAAGUCCGAGGAGCCUUCUGAAGAAGAGGCUGACUCUCCUAAGCCCAAGAAGACGAAGAAAGGGAAGGAAGCAAAUGGAGAUGCUGGGGAGAAAAGCCCCAAGCUGAAGAAUGGGUUCUCUCAUUCGGAAUCUAAUGCCAACUCCAGUGAAGCUCUGGGUGAAGAAAGUAGUAGUGAGACAGAAAAGGAAAUACCCUUGGAGCAGAAAGAAGGAGCUUUCUCUAAUUUUCCCAUAUCUGAAGAGACUGUCAAGCUUCUGAAAGCUCGUGGAGUGAACUUCCUGUUUCCUGUACAAGCCAAGACAUUCCACCACGUGUACAGUGGGAAAGACGUAAUUGCCCAGGCGCGCACAGGAACUGGGAAGACAUUCUCCUUUGCCAUCCCUCUGAUUGAGAAGCUUCAAGGUGGGCUACAAGACAGGAAGAGAGGCCGAGCCCCUCAGGUUCUGGUUCUUGCCCCUACAAGAGAACUAGCAAAUCAAGUGAGCAAAGACUUCAGUGACAUCACAAAAAGGCUGUCAGUGGCUUGUUUUUAUGGUGGAACUCCCUAUGGUGGACAAAUUGAACGAAUGCGGAAUGGGAUUGAUAUCCUGGUUGGGACCCCAGGUCGUAUUAAAGACCACCUGCAGAACGGCAAGCUAGACCUCACCAAACUUAAACAUGUUGUCCUGGAUGAAGUUGACCAGAUGUUGGAUAUGGGUUUUGCUGAGCAAGUGGAAGAAAUUUUAUGUGUGGCAUAUAAGAAAGAUUCUGAAGACAACCCCCAAACAUUGCUUUUCUCUGCAACUUGCCCUCAUUGGGUAUUUAAUGUUGCUAAGAAAUACAUGAAAUCUACAUACGAACAGGUGGACCUGAUUGGUAAAAAGACUCAGAAAGCAGCCAUAACUGUGGAGCACCUGGCGAUUAAGUGUCACUGGAGUGAGAGGGCAGCGGUUAUUGGGGAUGUGAUCCGAGUGUACAGCGGUCACCAAGGGCGCACCAUCAUCUUCUGUGAGACCAAGAAGGAUGCCCAGGAGCUGUCACAGAACACAUGCAUAAAGCAGGAUGCCCAGUCUUUACAUGGGGACAUUCCACAGAAGCAAAGGGAAAUCACCCUGAAAGGUUUCCGAAAUGGCAAUUUUGGAGUUUUGGUUGCAACCAAUGUUGCUGCGCGUGGGUUAGACAUCCCUGAGGUUGACCUGGUUGUUCAAAGUUGCCCACCAAAGGAUGUGGAAUCUUACAUUCACCGUUCGGGGCGGACCGGCAGAGCUGGAAGGACAGGGGUUUGCAUCUGCUUUUAUCAGCACAAAGAAGAGUACCAGUUAGCACAAGUGGAGCAGAAAGCGGGAAUUAAAUUUAAACGGAUAGGUGUUCCUUCUGCAACAGAAAUAAUAAAAGCCUCCAGCAAAGAUGCCAUCAGGCUGUUGGAUUCUGUGCCUCCUACUGCCAUUAGCCAUUUCAAGCAGUCAGCUGAGAAGCUCAUCGAGGAGAAGGGAGCGGUGGAGGCCCUGGCAGCCGCGCUGGCCCACAUCUCAGGGGCCACGGCUGUCGAUCAGCGCUCCUUGAUCAACUCACAAGCGGGCUUUGUGACCAUGAUCCUGCGUUGCUCAAUUGAAAUGCCCAACAUCAGCUAUGCUUGGAAAGAACUUAAGGAGCAGCUGGGCGAGAGCAUUGAUGCCAAAGUGAAGGGGAUGGUCUUCCUCAAAGACAAACUGGGAGUUUGUUUUGAUGUCCGCACUGAAGCAGUCACGGAAAUACAGGAGAAGUGGCACGACUCAAGACGUUGGCAGCUGGCUGUGGCCACGGAGCAGCCGGAGCUGGAAGGACCCCUGGAAGGGUACCGAGGAGGCAGGGGCCAGCGGGAUGGUGGACGUGGUGCUUUCAGAGGACAACGGGGUGGAAGCAGGAACUUCAGGGGACAAGGCCAGCGAGGAGGAAAUAGAAACUUCCGAGGACAGCGACCAGGAGGUGGGAACAGAGGCCAGAAGCGUAGUUUCAGUAAAGCGUUUGGCCAGUGAGUAGAGCAGGGGGAGACUUGACACUAUGGACUCUGGUGCUCUUCCUGCUGUCACAGCCCCUCGGGCUUCCUCUUGAUCAUUUGCUCACCCACACCCCCACACCCCCAUUCCUUGCAGAGAAAAUAAAGUCCCUAAGGGAUUCCCUAAUCUCUGGAAAAUCAAAUGAGUCAGGGCUGUUUAUUUUUGCUUCUCAAUCCUUGGCCUCCUGGCCUUCUCAGCAACACAUAGAGUCUGCUGAGGUUUGAUACUAAGCAAUGCUUUUCAAAGGCCAUUUCAGACCUAGCUGAUUUAAUAGUUUGUGCCAGGCUCUGGACGCAGACAGGGUAGAUUCGCUCCGUAGUAUCUGCACACUCAGUUUCGCAUUAGGUGACUUGUGUUCCAGUGAAUUCUCCACAGUGUAUAUACACAAGUCCAUUUUCAUAGGAACCGGUGUCUUUUAAAGUUCAGUCCCAAGUGUCUGAAGUCUGUAGAUCUUUUCAUGGGUGAUGAGA